AUGGGUAUGAUGGUGGCUGUCUACUCGAACGCUCGUACCACGGUCUCGGCCAUGAAGGAGGGUGCUCGUGGCUGGCGUGACUCGUUCAACACGGCCUUCCGUGCCGGUGCUGUCAUGGGCUUCGGACUGAGCUCCAUGGCUCUGCUGGUGCUGUUCAUCCUGAUCAAGGCUUUCGAGACUCAGUACCCUCUGUCGACUGACCACAAGAAGUUGUUCGAGGCCAUCUCGGGCUACGGUCUGGGUGGUUCGUCCAUUGCCAUGUCGUGGAGAACAUCCCUGAGGAUGACCCGCGUAACCCCGCUACCAUUGCUGACAAUGUCGGUGACAACGUCGGUGACGUCGCCGGUAUGGGUUCGGACCUUUUCGGCUCGCUCGCUGAGGCGACGUGCGCGCUGUUCUCUGGAUUUGGAAACCAGCUUGACCUGA